AUCGGUUUGAAAAUCGACUGCAGAUAUUAUUCGGUGACAAUCAAUUUCAAGCCAACGCAACAAGAACAAAAGAUGUUGAAAUGCUUGAAUCAAAUGGACUGGGCCGAUGGCUUAAGGCAUGACGGUUACGCUGAAGUUGCACGCAAGAAUCACGACAACAUGAUCGAAAUGGUCAAACUGAUCAAGCUUUACACAAAGGAAGUGGCGAAUGAAGAGACCGAAAAGGAUAUGAAGACAAAAGACGAGGUUGAGGUGAAUAAAGUCGGUCGAAUGGAUCCAAAACGACGUCUUGAGGAUACGGCGCAAUCGAUUAUGACCGAAAAUAUCAUUAACGAAAUGGCUGGUCUCAUCAACGCGAACGCUUUCCAAUAG